AUGAUAGCUCGAGAAUUGCGUGCAGAGCCAACUUCUGCCAUCAAGUCACUUUCUGGGCAUCGUAUGGACAAUUCAGAUCAAACUUCGAGCGUUCCCAAUACCCCGCGAGACCAAUUUCCACGAAGCAGUUUAGGACAAGUUCCCCAAAAUCACCCAACUUGGGCAUCUCAAGACUCUCGGGAUCUCAAUCUAAACGAAACACAGGCGACAGCUAUAUCAGUCCCAGUUUCAUGGACGUAUCUUCCUGUAGAACUUUGGCGCUCCGUCUGCGAUGUUCUCAACCGCGAAGAAUGCACCGUCGCUGAAGAAGGGGAUAUCAUAAUCAAGAAAGACCCUGCGAUCCGAGAUGAGACGGCGACGAAGAAAGAUUAUGCUUCUAUCAGCCUUGUGUGCCGUCUUCUUCACCGGAUAGUCGAAGAAUACUUGUAUCAAAGCUUCUCAUGGAUUCCAUACUUCGAUAAAGCAUGGCCUCCACUUGAUGUCCUGAAGGAACGCAAUUUGAAGGAAAUCUCAAAGAGUAAGAGGGACAAAAGGGCACCAUUCCCAUGGAGGUGCGGACCACCGCCAUAUCUACUCUUACGUACCAUUCUCAAUCGCCCUAACCUGGCGCAAUAUUUCAAGAGUGUCAAGAUUCUCGGUGCAUCACCAACAUCGGGUCUUUUCUGGAACAUGUUCGAAGCGCGUGAAGGUUCUUUCUCUGGGAAGGAAUUUGACCUUUGCGAAAAGACGAUCUCCAGGAUGCCAGAUGUUUCUCGUAGGCAUUGGCUCAGUGGUUUGCAGAAAGGAAGACUCGACGUGUUUGUUGGUCUACUUCUCCUUCGUCUGUCUCGGUCAAAGAAACUCAAAACGAUCGACAUUAGGAUUCGCGAGUGCUCCACUCUGGAGAGUGUCGUCUUUGAUGCUCUGGACAUAUCAUGUAUUAUGCAAGCAGUAUCCAGAUACGCUAGUGUCACGUCUGUCACUUUUUCUAUGGACAAAGAUGAAAAAAAGAGUGCCUACGUUGACUUGGAAGAUCAUACUGAAAUGGAUAUGUACCACGUCGACAGGCAGGUCUGGAAGCUUUUGAAAUUUCCACGACUUGAGUCACUCGCUUUGCACUUGUGCUCUCCUUGCCAUACAUGGCAAACUCGAUUGCCUAUAGCCUCCCACUUGAGAAAGCUGACUCUGAAAUAUGGCGCAAUGGAGGCAACAAAUCUGGGUACUCUGCUUUCUUCUACCCCGCAACUGGAAGAGCUUGACUGUGAUCUUGUCUAUGAUCGAUCCAUAAACCAGCGCUUGGAUUGCGAGAAGCUUAACAGAUCUCUAUCGAAGGUCCACGAUACCCUUGCCUAUCUCACAAUCGGUCUGAAAGUUUUAUGGCCGGACACUGAAGACGGGGAUGGCCCUUGGGAUGUUCUAAAGACGAUGGGGAGCAUGAAACAUUUCAGGAAGCUCACAUGGUUAAACAUGCCACUCAUCACUCUUAUUCCAAAAGUGCCUACUAUUCCGGGGUUUCACCCAGGGCCCAACAUACUGGAAAGAAAUCUCCCCGAAUCACUCAUAAGCUUUUACGCUGAUCGUGAACCAACGCCACCAGAUGUAAACACUCAAAGAGAAGCAGAAAGAAUUGUGGUUGAAUACGUGAGCCGCAAUGUCCGGCUUAUGGAGAAUCUUCGAUGGGGUUCAAAGUCUACUACUGAACUGGGGUCGCAGGCAAUUCUAUUGCAAGUCUUGUACAAUUACUACGAUGACUUCUCAACCUCCUGA